AUGCAAGUGCAUGUUCUGUUCGGUGAGUACUACAACCUGUUGAAAAGUCUUGCUGGGGUUUGUGGUUAGGAGGGAUGACUUUGGGGUUGAUCGAUCAGAAAUCCCUUCGACUUGGAUUGCUUUCUAAAUGUCUUGUCUGUUCACAGAAGCCGGCAGUUAUUUUUUACCGGUUUUGUUGGAGUCACAUGGGAGUACAGUAGUCUCUACUUGUUAGACAGAGCUACAGUAUGCUUGGCAAAGCAGUGACUCUUCUUUUGUGGGAGGAGGAGAGUGUGUCCUUUAUUGCUACUCCAAAAAGCCAAUGAUACCACAGACACAAAGCGUGGUCUACAUUCCUCUGUGACCCACUAGACUUACCGUGGUACAUAUUAUAGAAGGUGUUUGAACCAUAGGGUAAUUACGGAAUAUACUGUAAACAGAAUUACGCAGCACAAUGAUUAGAAGAGGAAGUAUAGAAAUUUCUUAACUUUUACCUUCAACCAAAUUCAAAAAUGGGCUUAAUUGCAUAGUUUAAGAACUGGUAGGAGUAAUGCAUUUAUUAAAAAAGCGCAAUACCUCCGGGUGGCAUCCAAAAAAAUAAAUUUCUUUCCGACCUGGCAGCCAUAAUUACAUAAUCGACAGUUUACGACGCUAGUCUGUCGACUUGUAAAUAUUUUCGCCUUUGGUGGUCUUCAGAGUCCACAGUAUCUCUGGCGCUCUUUUAUUUGACCUUUCCGAAUCAUCGGUAGAGAGUUACAGACAGUUUUUCUGAUCUAUCCUUCACUUACAGUAUCUAGAUUCCAACUGCAUUCCAACAUGUUAUUUUCGUUUUUUAUUGACACCAAUUUACUCCUAAUUUAUUUCAGUUUUAUCGCUCUCACUGAUACCUCAAUUCAGCUGUAAAAUCCCGCCAGAAAAGGCAAAAUUAAUCGAAGAAGUCAGAGUCGACGCCAAAGAAUAUGAAAGAGCCAAAACGAUACAUGAGAGAUGGUAUGUCCAAGCAGUGCACUCCAUUUUGGGCGCUCUGGGAAGGGACAUGUAUUUAAAAAUGGGACGGUAAGUCUAUAUACUUUAACUUUGCAAUUUCUUAAGAACUGACAAGUAAGCUUUUAAUGUCUUCUCUUGUAGGUUUGAAAGGAGGGCUUUCCUAAACUGUUUGGACCAUGCUGAUGAAGAAACGGACCUUCAAGCCGGCGCUGAAUGCGUUGUACACGCACAUGACAAAACAUUGCACACGUUGAAUCGAAGGAGAAGGAAGAAACGUAGGUUAGAGAAAAGAGUUCGAAGCCCAUUAGAAUAUAUAAUAGUCAAAUUUCUGUACAACAAAUUUCAAAGGACUGAAAUAGUAUUAACUCAUGGAACUGUAUUGUUGUUAGGAGGUUUAUUUUGGCGAGAGACUGUUUUUUCGAACCUCUGAAACUUUCCAUUUUGCACAGGGUUUUUUAUAUGGUACUUCGUUGUAUAAUACAUAGGGUCGAGUUUUGAAAGGGCUUUGAGUUUUUUAACAACACUGAAAAGUAGCAUGCGGUAAUAUUUAGCAUAUGGUUUUUUUGCCAUAAUUGGUGUCCAGAGAUGGCUAGAGGUUAGGCAGCAAGGCCAAAGAAGUGGCGCCGGCUUUUUCAGACUUUGCAAAACCCGGCUCACCAUGUCCGCAAGCCUUUAUUGAAUCUGUCUAGAUCUUGGCUUAUUGCUUAUCCAAAUCUAGACCUUUGAUUAAUCUAGCAAUUAGUUCAUGUUUUUUUUCAGGAUCAACAAAGCCGAGCUCCCUAAAGAAGUUCGUCACCAGCAAAGGCCUGGAUAAACGGCUGGAUUCAGAAAGGUUAAGCAAGUUGAAGGGUAAAGAACAACAACACACAGAAAAGAAACAAGAAAAGCCUCGGCCACAUCCGAGGUAUAUCAAGGACAAAUUGAAGCCAAAAGAUAAAGUGAAGGAGAAGAUAAAACCAAAACAUGAAUCAAAGUCUGAAAAGUAAGUGAUAGGACUCUUGUUGCCGCUGACACAAACUGUAGCAAUUUAUAAACAGAAAGUCACAAAAAAUUGGUGACUUUCCAAGAAGUUUCAAGAUUUUAAGCACAAAAUUUGGUUAAGAUUCCAGUUUUUUUGCAACUUUAUGCAUGAAAAAUUUAGGCCCAUUUCUAACCGAGAGGCAUGGCUUCAAAAAAGAAUAAUUUUUCGGGCCAAAGACCGAGACUUGAUCAAAGACUCUGCCCGCCCGCGUGUCACGUAGUCUCUCGUUGGCAAAAAUAAAAUUUUCAGGAAUCAAUAUUUAGCCUAGACACAAGUAAUUUCAAGCACUUCCCUCGUCAAUCUUGAUGACGUAAAUUUAUUUUUUCUCGAUUGUUCCAUGCAGUUUUUCCAGUUCCUCCUCAUAGAUAACCAUAAAAUUCUUGUUUGUUUGUUCAUCAACCCGUUGAUUCAGGAUAUCUGACAAACUUUUUUAUGUCUCAUCCCUUUGACCUUUCGAAACUCGACUAAACUUUGGCGAAAAACAAGUUCCCAUCGACGGAAAAGAGAGUAAAACCGACACGUCUCGGUUUGAUUUAUCGCAAAUCCUGUAAUUCUUGGCGGAUUAUUUCAGGGUUCAGCAGUUUUUGAUCACAUUACGGAAUAUUGCAAAAAAAGUGAAAAAUUGCGGUUUUGGCACAAAAAAUUCGUAAAAUACGACAAGUAAUUUAGAAAAUUAUAUUUCAAUAAUAAAAAAAAUGCAAAAAAAAUUUUAAGUUGGAAAAUAAGACAAAAAAUUGUAAAAAUGCAAAGCGGUAUUUCUGGAUUUUUACUAACUUUUUUGUAAAUUUUUUGCCAUAACUUUCUCGAGAAUGUCAGAAAAAUAGAAGAAUUGAAGUUCGAAACAUCAAACCAAAAAAAAUCAAAGAAUUUUAAAAACCGUAAUCUAAUUUUUCCAUUUUCUCAACCAUUCUUCACUCACCUUUUUCAGUGCAAAUCCCCAGAACCUUCGAUUGCAUGAGACCCCUGAAGAACGAAGGGAGAGCUGGCUCGGCGAUUAUUUCGUGAAAACCGUGGCCAGUGCCCCUUCGCUGAUGGGAUCAAAAGUGGAUAAAACGCCGGUGAAACGGAUAACUGGCCUGAUUUCAACAAUGGUCGAUCGGAAGCCAGGAUGGAAAAUGAUCUCAGAUAAACUUAAAUUUGUAAGCUAAAUUUUCAAAAAUUGCCAAAAUGCCAAGUUUUAGCCUAGAUUCUUAUCUUGAAAAAAAUACCAGGUUUGAUUUCUAUGUUGUAUUUAGCAGCAUUUUUUUAGUUAACCGACAUGAACACCUCACACAAAAAUCAAACCAAAUAUGGCCACUCCAUCCGAGAUAUUGUAACAGAUUACGAUCCCAAAUAUCGAAAAAAGGUCCCGUUUUCAAAACGCUUCAAAAAGAUGAUGAAUUUCUCUGACAACAUGCCAAAAGUCCUAAAAAGCGCUUUUGAUUUGGCGAAUACAAUGGAAAAACAUUCGGAUAUGACAAAUGCGAAGGUACUGUCGCCAAGAUUCAUGCCGCUGGUCGAUAACUUUGCUUCCAAGGAUACUGUGUGAGUCCUAUUCUUCGGGUAAACCGUCUCAAACAAAAAGAAAAUCGUAUCACAAAUGUGACAGAUUUUCUUUGAAUCUAAGUGUCAUAUUUUUAAUUUUUUUUUUUGAAAUUUUAGCCACUUCCUGUCCCCAAACAUCUUACCAUUCUACAAAGAUGACUCUCCAAAUUCUAUUAUGCCUCUCCCUGACAUUAUCGACUCAGCCGGUCUGAAACCGGACGACAGAGAGUCCGUCUUAGAGCUAGUUAUGGAAAUGUCCGGAGCUCAAGAGAUUGUCGAAGAUACCUUUAAAAUCUUCAAGAACAACGAAACCGCCACGCUUCUUGAGGAUGUGGAUCAAGUUACGAAUGAGAUGGAGAAAAUAUUUGAAAUGCUCAAAGGGACCUUCAACAAUCGACAACGCCGCGAAUUAGCGCAACAGAAGUUCACAUUUAUGGAGAAAAAACAGCUGGACUUCUUGUACGGCCCAAAUGGAGCGUUCAAUAAUACGUUGGAAGGCUUUUCCAUCGAUGAAUACUCGAAAUGGGAUCAUGAGGAAAAGAAGAACGCUUUAAUCAAUGACUUGCGCAGAAUUGUGGACGACAAGCCGGACGGGAAGCGGCGAAAAAAGAGAGGCCUUACGGUAUUGGCUCCCUUCAUGUUCGGGCCCGGAAUUUUGUCGGUAAGAUAAAUAAGAAAUGAAAAUGAAAAUGCCUAAAGCAUGGUAAAAAACGAAUCAAAGUUUUAAUCUUAACAAAAAAAGACCCAAAAGUCUGGCAUUUGUUUUCGGAAAUUUGCAAAUUUUCUUGAGUGAGCAUGCGAUUCCCUGUAGUAGCGGUCUCGUCAUAAAUUCUAGAGAAAUAUUACGCCAAAACAGUAAAUUCAAUGUUUUCAACUUUUUAUGAUUUCUCCCUCUCUGUUCCACAAUUUUCCUUUUUUUCAGCCAGCUGCCAUUGGUCCAGUUGUUAUGUCUCCCAAUUUGUUUUCCCCUUCAAUUAUUUCGCCCACUGUACUUUCACCGCCUACUCUAUCUCCUAGUGUUGGAUCUCCACUUAUAAUGUAAGUUGACAUGAGCCUUUCUUGUACGACUGUACUCGUACUAACAUCCACAAAUUUCAGAUCUCCCUAUACCCUUUCACCUAACGUUAUCUCACCUGCCGUAUGGGAGGUGUAUCUGUUAUCUCCGUAUUUCAUUGCUCCUAACGUUAUCAAUCCUUACCUGAUGUCGCCAAUUAUAUUGUAAGUCCACUUGCCUUUUUUAAUGAUAUCCGUUGAGCUCCUUAGAAGGAAUCGUUAUAGAGAAAAGUUUAAUUUAUUUUUUUUAAAGGUUCUUGGCCUCAUUUGACUUAUACUCCCGGACAUAAAUUUCUGACCACCCAUAUCUCAAGUCAAUAUAACGCAAUCGGUUUGAAACUUGGCAUGUAUACUAGUCAUGACAGACAGAAUGUGCCACAUAAAAUUGUUUUUCGUGUCUCUGUCCUUAGGCGAGUUAUGCAGGUUUUUUCAAAAAUUGGUGGACAAAACUUUCUGAUCACCUAAAAUAACUAAACUUUUCGCAGUCUCUUUGAGUAAGCGACAUGGUUCAGUUAUCUUCGAACACUAUUAAGGGACCUACAAGGACGAUGGGUAUGCUCUUUACCACCAAAUUCGGCGUGUGCCCUCAAGCAACUCGUAUUCUUGCAGCGCUCUUUUUCUCGUUAAAAUCACGCCCUAUGCGGCAAGGACGACUUUUUUGUUUCAGAAAAAGUAAUAAGGAACUCUUUGGAGGUAGUGAUACAAGAUCUUACUACCGUGCAAUGUGAAAUAUGCCAUUAACGCCUUAAGCAAAUCACCUAGGAGUAGCCGUCCUCUGAAUAAUUGAUCAUAACCGCAGGCGUUUUUAUUAAAUCAGUAUAGAAAUCCCCUUCAGUACUCUUUGGUGCAUACUGAAGAACGUGGGAUAACAAUCUCCCGUUAUCUUCGCAUUUCGUGCGCGCACUAACGCAAAAGUCCAAAAAAACGCAACCUUUCCGAUUUUGUAAUUACAAAAUGGUCAAAUUUGCCAAAAAAUCCUCAAGUUUGCGUUAUCGCGCAAUUUCACCCCGAAAUUUCAUGAGGACGGGUCAGCACUAAUAAAACUUUAUUCUUCAUUGUGUAGGGCUAAGCCAUGUUUUAUUUCAGCCAGUUUGCGCUAAUUCUGAAAAAGUUACAAGCCGCUAAAGUCCGGCCGGCUGGUUAGUUUUGCAAUGAUUUUGCACAUGCUUGAUGAAAUUCUUAACAUCCCUCGGUAUAACGGAUGGAAAUUGAUUACGUGUGAUCAAUUACAUAAUCUUGUACGUUUUUUAUCCUUCUAGCCCACCUCGAGCCGUCGCAUACUAACAAAAUCGCGUAAUGCGCAGAAUGCAUAACCCCUUGCGACGUAUAUUACUACUCCCCGAUUUUUUGCCGUAAAUAUAUGCGGUACGUCUGUGCUAUGCAGUGUAAGCAGUUUUAGCCCCGUGGCAAACAUUUUUCGGCAGUUGCGAACAAUUUACCUAAGUGAUCAGAAAAUUUUGUCCACCCUUUUUUUGAAAAUGUCGAAAAAACUGCCCUUAAAGUGCAAGGAUGGAAAAUUCCGUUUUACCAAAUGUUUUGCAGCUCUUCUUGAUAGGGCAAUUAAAAUUUGGAACAUGUAGCUCAAUUAACAACCCAGCUAAAGGGUGGUCAGAGAGAUAUGUCCGGGAGUAUACCUUUCUAAACUCAUUUUUAUCGUUACAGGUCGCCCCAUAUGUUAUGUCCUGACGUUUUAUCACCGACGUUGCUCUCCGGAGCCGUUUUAAAUCCGUACUUUUUGAGCCCGGCCAUUUUCACAGAGUCAGCUUUGGCUGCUGAUGUUCUAUCGCCGAGUUUCAUGUCCAAACGGAAGAAGAAGAAGAGAAAGUAG